UAUGGUCAUCUUGAUGUGACCUCACAGGGAGUGAUCCUUACCCUGACCUCACUCUCCUUCCUCCCUCUACUCUUCUGUCAGGCAGAGCCCACUGAGCUAUUGGAUGUAGUCCAAACAGACUAACUUGCAGGGGCAGAGAGCAAGGUGGAGAAGGAUGGGGAGAUAGAGGGACAAUUGGAAAAUAUCUGUUGUGGUCCAGCCUGUUUGCCCCCUACUGUCCUCUCUUGUCCGAAAUGCAGGUCAAAUAUCGUGACCUCAACACAAGAGAUGCCCAAAGUUCCAUCAGCUAUUUAUCAUCAUGGGAUGAUGUUCAUUUGUUCAUACUUUCACAUUAAACCUAAACAAUUAGCCAUCAACAGUGCCCUCAUAUAAAGUAACAGGAGGGAAAUGGGAAGAUAAAAACAAGUAAUAUAAAAUAUAGCUGUUACAAUCCCUGCUUCUAUAAGUGGACCCAAUGCCAGUUGCCUCUUUCUAAGCCAGAGUGUGCUCCUUGGCUGUGCUUUUUCUUAGCUCAUUCAUUCCAAAGGCAGACCAUUUAAUUGCUGGUUCUGGAGCUACAAAGAUAAAUCAGUCACGUAUUCUGACUAAAAGAGCUCACAAUAGAUGAAAUAGUUAUUUAAUUUUAAAUUUAGGGUAAUAAGGGGUAAGUAGAUACCUGAUCUCUGGUUUGUGAUGAAAUUAAAAGAACAAGAACAACAAUGAAAGCAACUCUGCUUUAACUGGUUUUUUUUUUACCCUUGGGAUUAUUAAUUAUCAAUAAUGGAUUAUUCUUUGCUGUGGGAGGCUGUCUUGUGCUCUGUAGGGUGUUUAGCAUCAUCCUCAGCUUCUCCCCACUAGGUACUAGUAGCACCCCGCCUCCAUCGUGACAACCAAAAUGUCUCCAGACUUUGCCAAGUGUCCCAUGGGGAGCAAAUUAUUGCCCAAUUGAGAACAACUGGCUUAAAAAGUAAAGAAAGAGGCCACUGCAUGGAUGUGUAGCAACAUAUUUAUAUGUCUCCAAAUAAUGGCUAUUUAGUCAGUUGGGAUUUCCCUUUUGUUUUGUUUGUCUUUUGUUGUUACAAGUAAACCUGCAGUGAACAUACUUUCUUUGCGUACUUGGGCAGAUAUGUCUGCAUGGCAGAUUUCUAAAAGUGAAGUUUCUGGGUUAUAGGAUUGUGAUGUUCUCAAAAUGACUUCUAAGGGGAUUGAAUAAAUAGUGUUACCUUUACUGCUUUAUUAAAAUAUUCUUUUUCAAAUUGCCUCAAGUUUUACACUUAAAUAAUAUCUAAGAAAUAAUGGCGUUUUUGGAUAAUUACAUUUUAUAACACAAAUUAAAAUAAACACAUAGGGGCUUCCCUGGUGGCGCAGUGGUUGAGAGUCCGCCUGCUGAUGCAGGGGACACGGGUUUGUGACCCGGUCCGGGAGGAUCUCACAUGCCGUGGAGCGGCUGGGCCCGUGAGCCAUGGCCGCUGAGCCUGUGCGUCCGGAGCCUGUGCUCCGCAACGGGAGAGGCCACAGCAGUGAGUGGCCCGUGUACUGCAAAAAAAACCCCCAAAAACCCCAAAAAACCCACAUAAAUAUUAAAAAAUCCUAAGGUACAACCAAAAAUCAUCUUUUAUAUUAAAUAUUGGGAAACAAUGCUCUAGUCUAUCUCCUUCAUUUUAGAGAUGUGGUAAGGCUAUUUCAAGUUUACACUGAUCUGGAGUCAACACUCUUUGUGUUCUUAUGUUAUUCAACCAAUUGCUUUUGUUCGAGUCAUACUUCUCCAAUUCUUCCACAUGAGAAUCAUGAAAAGUUUGGUCAAAUGCUUUGUUAAACCCACAGCCCUUCACGUCUGUGAUCUUUCCUUCAACUAGUUGAGUGUGUAGAAUGUGGAAGAGGUUGUGCUGCAGUGGGGAUUUCUUCAGCAAGCCAACUAAAAGGUAUUGUACGUGCCUCUUCUCAUUUCGUGAGAACAGGCUGAGCAUUGGGAAGGAGUGUUUCCUAAGCAUCUGGGUGGGUGUGUGAAAAUACAAAGCAACGGUCAUACUUUUGACAGCAGGAACCCAAGGACGAGGAUUGGGAGCGAGCAGUGCAACAUGGCACAGUGACUUUCAACCUGACCCUCACUCAGCAUUUCACUGUUCAUCAUCUCCUACACACAGAGGCUUAGUUGCCAAUUCUUUGGCACAGUCAUCCCUGAAUGAAGCAGACGUCACUCCUGGGCAUCCAUUGUUAUAUCUUGCCGUUCUUCUCAGCAUCAUUAGUCACUUUUGAAUGUAUGGAAGAAGGAGGUCUGGGAUCCAGCCUUGCCCACUGCAGCAGACUAGGAGCCCAGAACACUGAGCCAGGUGCAGGUGAAGGAGGUUCAGUUGGCAGGCAGAUCUGGCCCUGUGAUGGGUACAGCAUGAACAGCUAGUGCUCCUGGCAGGAGUCUGGGUGGAAGGGCACAAACCUCGUGGGAAAUCUCAGUGAUGUGGUAUCUGGGGAGCAGGAGGUGGGGUGAAGGGAGGCUUAGAAGCAGAGAGAAACAGGCAUUCACAUCAGGGUGGUCUUAAAAGACAGGCAGUAAGGCCCCAGGAGCCUGGAAAGAAUGAGUCAGGACCCAGGCCCUAGGAAACAACUGGUGCCUACAGUUAUAAACCAGGAAGAGAAAUCAAAGCAGAGACCCAGAAACAAGACUUAAGGCACAUGCGCUGGGAACUGGGAAACAAGUAAGAGCUUGGCCACUAGAGUUAGGAAGCGCACCAGGGGUGAUCUACCAAUGGUGCGAGCUGUUGCCAGAUCUGAUCCAGCACUGCAUUUAUGAGGCUUAAGUAUCUCCUGAUUCUGGUUAAUAUUAGCUCAAGGUAUGGAGGGUGGCAUUGAACAUGCAGGCGGGACCUAAUGGUAGUACAGAGCGGGAACUGGAGCUCAAUCCUGUUUAGAAACAAAACUCAUGUGCUUUACUCUACACUCAUCCGAGAGAUACAAGAGAGGGACACACACUGGCUCUGAGGAGUGUGAUCCAUGUGCUCACUAGACUAGAAGCUCCUUGAGCAGAAACUGUCUUCAUCACCACAUACCUAGGGUGCCUAUCAGGGCCUGGCCUGUGCUCAGUGAAUAUUCAUUGAAUACAUGAAGGAAGGCGAAGAGGGCUGAACAAAUGGAGACACAGCCUCUGUUGGGUGGGGUAUUCUCUGGCUUUCCCAAGUUUCAGUGAAAUAUCCUUGCCCUAAACAUUCUAUACCAACUUAUUGUUCUUAUUCCAUGAUAUCCAAGCAACCUGCUGUUACAAGUUAAACUUUCCUAGUUUCUUCAUAUUGGAAAUGAAGUGAGUUCAACCACUAGUCAUUGUUACUUCCCAGUGUCAUUUAUUAUAUUGACAUCUGGUUAGCACCUCAGUGGCAUGUGGAUUAGGUGAGCUGUGUAAGUCUCCAAGAGGAUGAACAUCGUGGAUACAUUGAGAACAUCCAGUUUCUGGUUCCCCCUGAUUGAGGUUCACACCCUGAAAUAUGGGACCUACUCAUGAUCUGAGAGCCUCGAUAGCAGAAAAGAAAACUAGUAGAUCAUGAAAACACUGGAGUAUAGAUCUAUGUUAUUUAUCCUUCAUAUUAUUGUUAUAUUUUUAAAAAAUUGGCUCCCAGGUGUCCAAAAUUGGGUUCAUUAUAUUGCUUAGGUUCAUGACACCUCUCAUGACAGUGUCACCAUUGGCUCAUAUACUGGCUAAAACAUUGCUGACUCAAACAAAAAUUCAGAUUUCUGUCUUCUCUUGAGAAAUUGAAGAAUCCUCCAAAAGAUUGGUUCUAUUUCACUGUAAGGCAGAAAUUAGUGGCUACUCAGUGCUGUCCCUGUUCAUACCAAUCUCUGUUGUCUCCUGAUAAGAGAAGUUGAAGUGUAUCACUGGACUUGAACCGUUAUUCUAAUCAAGUGGAAAGUAAACUAUUCUCUUGUGUCCACUUCACCGAUUUACAUUACCUGCCUGUCAGCAUUUGAGUUUGAGAACCCUGCUCUGGGAGGAAACUCCUGUGCCAUCCCUAAUAACUACUACCAUUCACUGAGCCCUUACUUAUAGGCAAAGCACUGAACUAACAGUUUUUCACACAUUAUCUCUAUUCAUAUAAAACCCUAUGAGGUAAGAUCAAGUGUUAUCUCCAUUUUACAGGUGUGGAAACUGAAGCUCAAAGAGCUAAAUAACUGCCCAAGAUGAUAAAACUUCUAAUUUUUGACACUGGAAUUCAAACUUUGGCCUGCCUGAGUCCAUAGCUGGGCCUUUUUUGUUUGUUUGUUAACAUCUUUAUUGGAGUAUAAUUGCCUUACAAUGGUGUGUUGGUUUCUGCUUUAUAACAAAGUGAAUCAGUUAUACAUAUACAUAUGUUACUGGGCCUUUUAAACUUUACAUUACACAGCUUUUCUAACCACUAAUCUUAUAACAAUAGAAUUACUGCUGCCCUUCAGUGUUUCUUCCUCAUACUCAGUCCACAUGGGGCUGAAUUCCAGAAAGAGGGGCUGAGUGCCACCCUGCCCUCGCCAGGGCCCAUGGUGGACACCCGCUCUGUGCCAGUGUCAGAGGGAGUUGUUGCUUUGUUGGAUCGGAGAGCUAUAGCUCUGCUGGACGGGAGGACGGGAGAUGCUGGGGUCACUGUGACUCUGGGGCAGCUGCCCAUUAAUCACUGUUCCUGGUUUUGUGUGUGUUUAGCUGGGCUAUCCCAGUGUUGUCCCAGGGUCAUACCUGGGGAAGAGCAUAUAAAGGGGCUUGAGGUCUAGACCUGCAGCUCUCAGACCACGGAGAUGGGGAAGCUGUUGCUUUGGGUUGGUGAGUGUGGUGGGUCCCAGCUCCACAAUGUCUCUUAGUUCAGGAGGUGCCAGGCUUCAUAAGCUCAUUGUCUCGCUGGUUCCUGGGAAGCAUUCUGCGACUCGGGGCCCUGGAUUAGGUAGAGGUAGGACAGGACACAGUGAAGGGCCAGAGGGGCCCAGGGAGGAGAGAUCAGAGCAGUGGUGGUACCCUGGCUGCACAUUAAACAUUUUUAUGCCUGGCUUCCACCUCAGACCAGUUCAUUCAGAAUCUCUGGGGGAGGAGCCAGGAUAUCACUACUUUUAAAUUAGCAUCCAGGGUUGAGAACCAUUGACCUAGAGCUUUUGCUGGGACUUCUAAAUGUCAUGGUUGUCCCUGUGCAAAGCAUGUGUGUAUACGUAUGGUGUUUACUGAAGUGGAAAGGAGAUCAGAUAGAUCUGGCUUCACCUGCUCAGUGCAGAGAAGAGGAGAGAGGGAAGGGUGUGUGUGUCUCCAUUUGCUUGAGUUGGUGGGUGUACUCAGAACUGGAGGGUGUGCUGGGGUGUGUCACUCCGGGUGUGCCUGUGAAUCUGCGUGUGAUUCCUCCUUUGUGUCCUGCAGGGCUGGUUCUUGUGCUGAAACACCACAAUGGUGCUGCCCACAAACUGGUGUGUUAUUUCACCAACUGGGCAUUUAGUCGGCCCAGCCCUGCUUCGAUCCUGCCCCGGGACCUGGACCCCUUUCUCUGCACCCACCUGGUAUUUGCCUUUGCCUCAAUGAACAACAAUCAGAUUGUUCCUAAGGAUCCCCAGGAUGAGAAAAUCCUCUACCCAGAGUUCAACAAGCUCAAGGAGAGGAACAAGGAGCUGAAGACACUGCUGUCCAUCGGGGGGUGGAACUUCGGCACAUCGAGGUUCACCACGAUGCUGUCCACAUUCGCCAACCGGCAGAAGUUUGUCACUUCAGUGAUAGCCCUCCUGAGGACACACGGCUUUGAUGGUCUGGACCUCUUCUUCUUGUACCCUGGACUCAGAGGCAGCCCCAGGCAUGACCGCUGGACCUUUGUCUUCUUACUUGAAGAGCUCCUGCUUGCUUUCAGGAAGGAGGCGCAGCUCACCAUGCGUCCAAGGCUGCUGCUCUCCGCUGCUGUCUCUGGGGAUCCCCGUGUCAUCCAAAAAGCGUAUGAUGUGCACCUCCUGGAGAGACUACUGGAUUUCAUCAGCGUCUUGUCUUAUGACUUACAUGGAAGCUGGGAAAAGUUCACAGGACACAAUAGCCCGCUGUUCUCUGUGCCCAAGGACCCCAAAUCUUCGGCAUAUGCCAUGAACUACUGGCGAAAGCUUGGGGCAGCACCUGAGAAGCUCCUUAUGGGGCUCCCCACCUAUGGACGUACUUUUCGCCUCCUCAAAGCCUCUGAGAAUGAGUUGUGGGCAGAAGCUGUGGGACCGGCAUCUCCAGGGAAGUACACCAAGCAAGCUGGCUUCUUGGCUUAUUAUGAGAUCUGCUCCUUCAUCUGGAGAGCGAAGAAGCGCUGGAUUGAUGAUCAGUAUGUCCCAUAUGCCUACAAGGGGAAGGAGUGGGUUGGCUAUGAUGAUGCCGUCAGCUUCAGUUACAAGGCAUUUUUCAUAAUGAGAGAGCAUUUUGGGGGGGCCAUGGUGUGGGCAUUGGACCUGGAUGACGUCAAGGGCACUUUCUGUGGAACUGGCCCUUUCCCCCUUGUCUACACAUUGAAUAAUCUCCUGGUGAAGGCUGAGUUCAGCUCAACUCCUCCACCAAACUUUUGGCUCUCAACUGCUGUGAAUUCUUCAAGAAUUGGCCCAGAAAGGCUGACUGUGAUCAAGGAUUUGACCACUGAUUUGGGGAUCUUGCCCCCAGGAGGGGAGGCUGUGGCCACCGAGACCCAUAGAAAGUCUGAAACUAUGACCACAGUCCCCAGAGGUGGGCUUGUGACCCCUACAAGGGAAACUCUGUCCUUUGGAAAACACCCCCGAGCUCCAGAAUGGAAGACUGAAACCCCUGGAGAGGAGACCAUGACCCCUGUGGGCCACCAGGCUGUGACCCCUGGAGGGAUAACUGUGGCUCCUAUGCAUCUUCAGACUGGAGAGAAAACCAUGCCCCCAAGAAGGAAGGCUGAAGCCCCUGAGAAGAUGACCAUCCCCUCAGGAAAGAUGACAGUCACCCCUGCUGGGCAGACUGAGACUCUUGAAGAGAAUUUGACUUCUGAGGUGGACCCUGAACCCCUGGUGGGUUACUUUGGUCUUCACACAGAAGCUGAAAACUGGAUGCUACUCUCUGGUCCUGUCAUCUCGCCCCCAGGACACACUCCUCUUGCUUUUGACAAGCCCUUUGUUCCCAGAUGGAAUCAUUCCUCUGAUGACUCAGUAACCCUUCCAGUGAGUCCUCUCUCUCUAAAGAAAGAAAAUCCAGAAAACUCUGCUGUGGACCGAGGAUCUUAAGAUCUGUUGUUGGCAGAAACUGGGGAAAGUCCUUGCCUUUCCUUCUAGGUCCCCUGACCAAAGCUGCCUGUGCCCAGCCAUUCAUAAACCAUUCUUGGGGCAAAGCAGGCCCCAGGCCACACUGAGUUAAUCUCUCUUCUGUUGAAUAAACUGGAAGCAUAAGAAUUCA